UAGUCGUGCGUCAGCUGUUUCUUGGAGCUGGUGCUGGUGUUUCAUAUCUACAUAUCGCAAGUGAUUGUGCAUAGCGUCGUCUCGCGUGGGGUAUUUUAUAAACUAAACUCUUACUCAUUUAUUUUAAUUCCUUUGUUUGACUCGUGCUUUGUGAUAUUUAAAUUUUUUUUUAUAAAUCCUCACUACAAACUCAGUCUAGUAGAGUAGAAAACCACCAACGGGAUCAUAAAUUUCCGUCAUUGCGCAAAAGCAUCACAGCAGCAUAUUCGACGUGUGUUUUAUGUACUCGUGAACGUUGACGAGGAUAAAGAAAAAAAGUUAAUACACAACCGUUGUACUGAGCGUCAAUUGCACAAGAAGUCUGUCCGCAAGUGAUAUUUCAUUUUCUUCAGUGCUUUUGUUUUAGAAUUUUUUUGUUUCGCCGUUUAUUUAUUUAUUGACUGGUUUAAAUCAGACCAGGGUAGAUUUAUUUACCGUUUAUUAAUGAUGGCCCAGCCAACGAGCAGCGCUUUGCGAGCACUUGCUUUGGAGUACAAAAGCCUUCAAGAAGAGCCAGUCGAGGGUUUUCGUGUUAAACUCGUUAACGAGGACAACAUGUUCGAGUGGGAAGUCGCAAUAUUUGGACCUCCUGAUACUCUCUAUCAAGGUGGAUACUUCAAGGCACAUAUGAAAUUCCCGCCGGAUUAUCCAUACAGCCCACCGAGUAUUCGUUUUAUGACAAGAGUCUGGCAUCCAAAUGUGUAUGAGAAUGGAGAUCUGUGUAUUUCAAUUUUACAUCCACCGGUUGAUGAUCCACAAAGCGGAGAAUUGCCCUGCGAGAGGUGGAAUCCAACUCAGAAUGUCAGGACUAUUUUACUGUCAGUGAUAUCAUUAUUGAAUGAACCCAACACAUACAGUCCAGCAAAUGUUGAUGCCUCAGUAAUGUACAGACGUUGGCGUGAUUCCAAGGGUCGGGACAAAGAAUAUGAAAAUAUUAUCAGGAAACAAGCUCAAGCAGCUAAAGUGGAGGCGGAAAAAGAAGGUAUUGUAGUACCACUGACACUUGAAGAUUAUUGUAUAAAAACACGUGCGAGGCCAGCCGAGCAGCCGCUAGAUAUGACAGACUUUUAUGACGACGAGUACGAGUUAGACGACGACGACGACGAGGAUCACAGCGCCAGCGAAUACGGCGACGGGGACGACAGCGGCAACGGCGAGUCGUGAUCAAUUUUAUAAAUUAUUUUAAUUAAAAACUAUUACAUUAAUAUUAUUAUUAUUAAUGAUAAUAAUAACACUAUAAACCAUUAUUAUUAUUAGAUUAUUGUAU